UGAAGUUGGGCGGAUGGCAACAGCCCUGCUCCGCUAGAGACGAACCGCCGCAGCCCUUCUCGGGAUCGCUGAGCGCCAACUGCACGCAGCCGGGCGGGGCCGCUUGGGCACUGAAGUAGCUGAAAUGAGAAAGAGGCAGCAGUCACAAAAUGAAGGAACAUCAGCUGUGUCUCAAGCACCUGGAAACCAAAGGCCCAACAACACAUGUUGCUUUUGUUGGUGCUGUUGCUGCAGCUGUUCAUGCCUCACUGUUAGGAAUGAAGAUAGAGGAGACAAUGCGGGAAGGCCAACACAUACAACCAAAAUGGAAAGCAUCCAAGUCAUUGAAGAAUGCCAAAACCCUACUGCAGAUGAAAUUUUGUCUUGGGCUCAGAAUUUUGACAAGAUGAUGAAAACACCAGCUGGGAGGAACCUUUUUAGAGAGUUUCUUCGAACAGAGUAUAGUGAAGAGAACCUGCUUUUCUGGCUUGCAUGUGAAGAUCUAAAGAAGGAACAGAACAAGAAAGUUAUUGAAGAAAAAGCAAGACUUAUAUAUGAAGAUUACAUUUCUAUACUUUCACCAAAAGAGGUUAGUCUUGACUCCCGGGUGAGAGAAGUGAUCAACAGAAACUUGCUGGAUCCCAGUCCUCAUAUGUAUGAAGAUGCCCAACUCCAGAUAUACACCUUAAUGCAUAGAGACUCUUUCCCAAGGUUCUUGAACUCUCAAAUUUAUAAGUCUCUUGUUGAAAGUAUUACAGGCUCUACUUCUGAAACUUAGUUUUAAUUUUAAUUUUCAAAUAAAAUAACUUAAUCUUUUCGGGGGUGGGCGGGACAGAAGAA